AUCAGGACUGAUUCUCAUCUCCAGUCACCCAUGUACUUCUUUCUGAGUCAUCUCUCCUUCCUGGAUCUUUGCUACUCUUCAGUCACUGUGCCCAAGAUUCUAGAGAACCUCCUGUCUCAGAGGAAAUCAAUCUCAGCUGAGGGCUGUCUGGCUCAGGUCCUGUUUGUGCUUGCCACUGGAGGGACAGAAGGACUAUUGCUCUCAGUGAUGGCCUACGACCGCUAUGCUGCCAUCUGCCACCCUCUGAUGUACAGACAGAUCAUGAGUAAACAGUUGUGUGGGGGUCCAGUGUGGGCCUCAUGGGGACUGGGAUCUCUAGAUGCUCUCACCAACCGCCUUCUGGAUUUGAAUUUGGACUUCUGUAAGAUCCAAAUCAUCCACCACAACUUCUGUGAGCUGCCCUCCCUCUUCCCUCUCUCCUGCUCUGAUACAUCCACCAAUGUUGCAACGCUGCUCUGCUCUGUCAUCUUUCAUGCCAUUUGGACCUGCCUCCUAAUCUUCUACUCCUAUGCCCAUAUUGUCUCCACCAUUCUGAGCAUUAGCUCCACCUCUGGCAGAAGCAAGACCUUCUCCACCUGCUCCUCCCACCUCAAUGCAGUGAGCUUAUUCCAUGGCUCAGCUGUUGUCCGAUAUCUCAUGCCAAACUCAGGCUCCUCACUGGAGUUGAUCCUCUCCAUACAGCACAGUGUAAUCACUCCCCUACUGAAUCCUCUCAUCUACAACCUGAAGAACAAGGAGGUGAAAGCAGCUCUGAGAAGAACGGUGCUAAGAUACUUACAGUUGUGCACAAUUGUUCGAAAUCUGGGUUAG